UUAUACGAUCUCUCUACAAGCUCAAAUACUGACCAAGGAUAUAAGAGGGGUUUUAAAGCAUCAUAAAAUGGCUACCAAUUGCUUGGGUGGCCGAUGGCAUUUGGACACAUUUUCUUCCCUCGUUUUUUCACCAAUAAAAAUGCUUGUGUUUUUGGCCUGGCCGUUCCUGUCGCCGUCCUUUCCAUUUUUUUAAACUGAUGAUCCAUUCAUUUUUUAUAUUUAUUCCUGUCAUUUUUAAGGGUAAAAAAUGGCCGUUGUCCAUUCCCCCAUCAAUUCUCUCUCAAACUUUUGCCAAGCCAUAUAGCUAUAACUCGGCCAGCUGUCCUUCCAUCAGGACGUUUUCCCAGUAGAUCGAAAAAAGUACCAAGGAGGGGGUUAAUAAGGGAUUUAAUAAGGGUUCAUGAGG